AUGCACGCCCCCAAUGCUCCAGAACUUCCCAAGAUGCCUGAGACCUUCGAGUCGUCUACCUCUCUAGAAUCUCUCUACCCCCAUACCUCUCCUAAACCUCGCCGAAAGCGAGGACUGCUUAAGGAGGCAAAGCCCUGGGACCAGAGUUUUGCAGACCACAACGAGACGUGCCUCAUGAGACUCAAGCGAGCUCAUCAUCACGUACACCAUAGCAUCUGGAAGCCCACAGACGGUGAAGGCCGGCCGCCCGUCAAGAAAGUGGACACAUGGAAUGCCUCGGAAUGGAAGACCGUCUACAUCAUCUGGGACCCGAUUAAGGCGAAUUGCUGGCCGCCUAAGAACGUUCGGCUUUCCGACAACUGGGUUUACCUAGCUGUCAAGCUCUUGCCUGCCGAGGAGCGAGCCUCAAGAUAUAAAGCGGACUUCGACAAGGAUGGUAAUAUUCGGCCGUCUCGUGUGCCGUGCGGCAACCCGCCCGUGGUCAACGCCCACGGAUUAUACUGCCUACCCGUUUUCAAGGAAUCGUACGUGUUGUGUGGCGGGGAGCUGGCUGCGCACGGGAACUGGAUACUCGGGGUGAUGGGGGAACGCGCUGUACCGUUCACGCUGGGGUUGGUUUGCGUGCCGAGAGAGGCGAUCCCAGCAGACGGGCCCAAUAUUGAACGAUACCUUUUCUAUCACGAUACGCCGAACCAGUGGGAUAUGGAACAGCCGUUCCUCGCGGACUGGAAUGCUGCAGAGGCUCGUUGGGGAACAUAUGACCGGUGGUGCCUUGACAAUAGCGAUCAGCGUACGAUGCUGUAUAGCCUGUACCCUAACGCGCAGCCAAACUACCAGCUGUUGCCGGUGUCGGAAAUAAAUGGGUUCACGGUUCUUUGCAAUUCGCAGCAUGAACCCUCCAGUCGACUGCUGCCAAAACCUGCAACACCGGGACAGGUGACGAUUACUGAUUUCUUUGGGACUCGGAAUAUCUGGUGCAGUGCUCGGGGAGGGGAUACCAUGGGCGGUCUAUCGAACCAGCAGUUCCUAAACGAGAACCACAAUGCGCAUAUCCUUAAAAACAAACUCCACUCGCCGAGUACGUUUGCAUCGAAACCCUUGGAUAUCAUGAAAGAGGAACAACCCCAGUGGGAAGAGUCCGGGCUGAAGACAGAGGCAGACGUGCCACAUGCCUCUAUCCCUGAGGUCAUGAAUCUGGCCCUAUCAGCACCAACAAACGUGGAUGGCAUUCGUCAUAUCUUGGGAUGGUACUCUGGUUAUCUUCAAGAUAAUGCUGACCUGACGUUGGAGGAUGUCGAGAUGCAAAUAGGGGACCUUUAUGCCUAUGUGCAGCACUGCCGAGAAGUAGAGGAAAUGGAGGAGAUGGAGGAGAUGGAUGGAGAAAGUGAUGGGAUGUCAAGCAACCAAUCUUAG